CUUUCAAGUCAAUCUCUUGCAUUGAAACUUGUUUGACAUUUUCUUCCUGCUGAUUAUUCCAAUCCACUUCCUACCAGUUGGACUUUCUAAAAUCAUCUCCAAUCCCAUUUAAUACCCACCGCCGCGUGCCACCACCGUUCCUCGCCGUCUCCUCCGCCACAUUGUUCCUCACGCGCAUGAAAUGGCGUGAAACGUCUCACCCCGCAAGACCAAAAGUCUCCAACAAAAGAACAUUUCUCACCAAACUGAAGAGAAAGUGCAUUUUUUCUUCAAAUCUCUUCUUCUCCCUCUAACAAACUCUUUCUCUUUCUCUCACUACAGAUACUCCCGUUAAUGGAGAACUCGAGAAAAAGUCAAGGAAACGAAAACCCAUCUCUAAUGUCUCCCCCCAGUUCCAGCAGCUCCAUCAGCGGCAAUGGCGGCGGCCAGCCACUUCCGUCGCCGCCGCCGGUUCCGCCCAUUACCAGAUCCGAACCCAGUAACCUGUACCCGACUACCUUCGUCCAGGCUGACACAUCCUCCUUCAAGCAAGUGGUCCAAAUGCUCACCGGACACUCCGAAACGGGUAAAGUCGCGGGUUCAGCCAGGCCCGAACCUACCCGUAACCCAAUCCCGGUCGUCAAAACCGGACCUAAGAAGGAAAAAUCCGGUUCCAAGCUUUAUGAGCGGAGAAACAGCCUUAAGAGCUUCAAAAUCAACCCGUUAGCCCCGGGGUUCGCAGCCAAAUCCGGGUUUGGAGCAGGGCUAUCGGGCUCUCCCAGAUUCGGGACUUCCGAGCUACUGUCGCCGAGCAUGCUUGAUUUUCCGUCGCUUGUCCUGAGCCCGGUGACGCCUCUGAUACCCGACCCGUUUAACAGGUCCCCGCAAAACACGGUGAGUCCUGAGAAUCUGAACAUGGAAGCGGAAGAGAAGGCAAUAGCGAGAAAAGGGUUUUAUUUUCAUCCGUCGCCGGCGACUACUCCGAGGGAUAUGGAGCCCCGACUGCUGCCUCUCUUUCCGGUGACCUCCCCUAGAGUUUCAGAUGGAGGCCGAACAUGUUUUGUUGAACCAGAAACUGGACGUGCGGGGAGCAAUGCUGGACGCGCGAGGAGUUCAACUGGUAGCGAUCACAACUUCCUUGGCUGUGUUCACUGCACUCAUUAAGACUUCUAUGCCGCCGACAGCAGAAAGGCACUCAUCGGCAGCCGCGUCAUCAGAUUCUGCAUCAGCAUCUGCACACGAACCUGAGGAGAUUGUUGAGCAGGAGAGAGAUGUAGUACUAGGAAGUUGCGGGUCGGGAAGGCUUGCUUCAUGCUUUCUUGAUUCCAUGGCAAUCCUAGAUUCGCCAUCAUGGGGUUAUGGACUGAGGUACAAGUAUGGACUACAGAAGCAACGGAUUACGGAAGCUCGACAAGAGGAAGUUACUGAAGCUUGGCUUGAGAAAUUCAGUCCCUGGGAAGUUGCAAGGUAUGACAUUGUGUUUCCAGUCAGAUUAUUUUAUGAUGAUCAUGUUGACCCCAAUAGCUCCCGGAAAGGGAUUGGUGAGGAGGUCAUACAUGCGGUUGCAUAUGAUGUUCCAAUUCUUGGCUAUAAAACAAAGAACACAAAUAGUCUUAGACUUUGGUAGACCAAAGUUAGUGCAGAGGACAUAAACUUAUUUCAAGUUAGCGGUGGUAAAUGUGAAUCUGCUACACAGUUUCACUCUAGUGCUCACCAUAUAUGUGUUGUCUUUGAUCCUGGCGAUGCAACAGAAAAUGGAAAACUUUUAAGACUUGAACAACAAUUUUUGCGAAGUGGUGUGUCACUUCCGGAUACCAUAUACAGAUUUAAGAAGAGGAAUGAUGGGAAGGGUAGG